CUAAAGAUGGGUAGGAGGCGGAGACCCGGAAACAGGAAGUGAAAGUGGGGAUCCGCACCGAAGAGGCCAUCUCGCUGUCUCCCGGGAAAAUGACCGGGAAGUCUGUUCGUGACGUGGAGCGGUACCAGGCAGUGCUCUCUGAGCUUCUUUUGCGAGAGGAGAACAAGUUUUGCGCUGAUUGUCUGGCUAAAGGGCCACGAUGGGCCUCCUGGAACAUUGGAGUUUUUGUUUGCAUCCGCUGUGCUGGGGUCCACAGGAACCUUGGAGUUCACAUUUCCAGGGUAAAGUCUGUCAAUCUGGACCAGUGGACUCAGGAGCAAAUACAGUGCAUGGAAGAAAUGGGUAACGGCAAAGCAAAGAGACUCUAUGAAGCAUUUCUUCCAGAUAACUUCAUCCGGCCUCAGACAGAUCAAGCUGUUGAAGUUUUUAUUAGAGAGAAAUAUGAGAAGAAAAAAUACAUGGAUCGCAGCGUGGACCUUAGUGCUUUCAGAAAAGAGAAGGAUACGAAGUGGAAAAAGUCAGAAUCUGCUCCAGAGAUAAAAUCCGGACUGGUCAUUUUUGAAAAGGUAAAGCUGCCACAGAAGAAGGAUGAGACACAACAACUUAAAACAUCCCCACCCAAGGCAGUAGAACCUGUAAUGGACUUGCUGGGCCUGGAUGUUCCAAUUGACCGUUCUGUUCCUAAUGGCAAGCCCAGAACUAGCCUGGAGAAGGAACUGGACCUUUUUGGAUCUGUUGUACCAGUGUCUGGCUCCAAAUCCUGUCAGCCUGGUUUACCUGGAAGCUCAGGGUCAGUGCCAGAAAACCUCAACCUCUUCCCCGAGCCUGGUGGAAAAUCCGAAGAUGGAGGGAAAAAACAGUUAUCCAAGGAUUCCAUUCUGUCCUUGUAUGGCUCAAAGGCUCCUCAAAUGCCCGCACAAGCAGGAGCUCUCUUCAUGGCACCAGCUCAGAUGGCAUAUCCAAAUGCCUACCCAGGCUUUCCUGCAGUUCCAUCACCAGGAGGCGUUAUGGGAGGUAUGAUGGCAUCUCCAGUGGGCAUAAUGGCCCAACCAGCACAUCCUGCUAUGGUUGCUCCCAUGGCAGUGCCCGCAGGGUACAUGGGCGGUGUACAGGGAGCUGUCAUGGGUGUCCCAAAUGGAAUGAUGGCUCAGCACACAGGAUAUGUAACCAACAUGGGUGCUAUGGGGCAGCCAAUGUAUGGAAUGCAACCAGGCCAGCAGCUACAGUGGAAUGUUGCACAGAUGUCUCAACAAAUGGCAGGAAUGACCUUUUUUGGUAUGGGAGGAAUGGCAGGGUAUGGACAGCCUUCAUGCAACCAGGGACCCAACCAAAGCCUCAGCACUCCUAUGUGGAAAUAAGAAAAAAAAAAGGGCCAUUUCCCACCGAUCUCAACCUGCUCCACGUCUGUCAGGCUGGUCCUUCUCUCACUAUGGAGGAACAUCUUCAUUCCAUCCUGGAUCUUGUUUAAGCGCUUCACUUCUCUAAGUUAUGUCUCCCAUUACUCAUUCUUGUCUCCCAGAGACCCAAGGCUUACUCCGACUGGCCUGCAUUCAGCCUCAUGCCUGCUAUCAAUAACUGCAGCAUAGUUUUGGAGCCCUUUAAGAACUUCCAGUGGAUAGCAGAAUCUUUCCACUCAGUAGAAUGGCAUCUAAAUUUAAAUAGAGAAAAAAAACCAGGGCUAUUUUAUCGGGAAGAGUGGUGUUUCUUUCUACCAGCUCUGAGUAAUUACAGUGUUAGAGACUAGUUACAGUUCUGCACCAGCAAAACCUAAACACCGGCAGACAUGUUUGUAUUGCCCCCACUACGCCCAGGUUACACCUUGUAGUCUCUCUCACUGUCACUUUGUGUACUUGCUGGGAUGGCAGGCACAGUUGUCUGUGUGCAUAUGUUCACUUUAGUAUAGAGCAUACUAGUUGCCCCAAAACUAAACUCCUGUGUGUGCUCUUAUUUUAUGGCCACAAACCAUUGUUCUGCUUAUUAGCAUUAGAAAAGCAGUGAUAACGUGUUCUCAUUUUCUGUCUGCCAAACAGGUCUAUCAAUACUUGGAUAUAACAGGGUUUGCACACAUAAUACAUAGCUUGAAGCCCAACCCACUUUGUGGAUGUGACCGUUCUAUUAAAAUAAGGUCGUUUCUAACACUGUUUAGAAAAUACAACCCACAGAGAUGUCAUUUCCCUUAUUUGUUAUCCACUGGCCAAGCACAUCCAAACAGCCUCCUUUAAUAAAACGUGCCAUUAAACGUCACUUUUGAAUAUCAUAGUAACUAAAUGAAUAAUGCCAGCAGCAGCUUAUCCUUGCAUUGCAGACAGGGUUGAUGUUUCACAUCACUGAAGACACUUUGGUUUUGUUUGUGAAUUUGCUCAUCAGCCUCUUGUUUUAAAUAAUGUUAAAAUGCUCAACGUACCCCGUCAAUUUAUAUUACUUUAAUUCUGCUUUUCAAUAUAGUAGCAGUUAAUUGACACUGUUUAUAUAACGAAUUUCAAACAGCCGCCCUCCCUGCUGUCAGACUAUUCAAGAAGGAAACCCUGUAGAAAAAAAACCCUGUACCCCCCACCCCACGUAGACGCCCCUCCCCCAGGAAAUGCCCCAUACUUUAUACGUACCCAUCGUCGCAGAUUCUGGCAGCGGACUUCAUGGAAUCCAUCUUCCGGGUCCAACGUAAGCUGAGUGGGAGCAAUCUUCGUAAUUUGGCGUAUGCGCAGUUGACAAAAACUGGCAAAUUGCUCCAACUGCGCAUGCGCCAAAAUUGACGGAGAUUGCUGAUCUCCCAGUCCGCUUACCGAGGACCCGGAGGAUGAAUGCCGUGAAGUCUGCCGGCAGAGUCUGCAACGAGGGGUAAGUAUGGGGCAUUUCCCCCCGGGGGGGGCAGUUAGCCUGGAGGGAGGGGGUCUACGUGGGAAGGGUGCUAUGGGUUUUUUUCUACAGGGUUGAAUUCUCCUUUAAGUCACUGAGCAGUGAAGCAUCUCCUGCUGCUCUCUGCUCAGGUCUAUCACUGGCUGGCUAGCAGAACAGCAGGGGGCGCUGAUGUUUCAAAUAUAUUAUAUUAGUGUAAAAAAUGCCGAUGUCUGGGGAAGAAAUAGUGUAAACUGAAAAAUACCCGGAGCACUGAGCAAUUUUACAUGAAUAUGUAGCAAGGAGUUUACGUCCCCCUUUAAUGGCACAGGACUAGAGUAAUGGCAGUUUGUUUAUCAUACCCAUGCAGUCAGUAUAUUUUCUUGAAAAUAGGAAAUUUUUUAGAAAGAAAACAACACUGCUGCUUUUUUAAGUAGGACGAAGAAAGCUCCAGGCAGCACGUGCUAAGGAUUAUUUUUAAACUGCCAUUCCUCUAAUGACAAAUACCACAGUGAAGCAUAAUGUAAGAGCGGUCCAAUCGCAGAACAGGGUUUUCCAGUAAAGGAACGCAUACAGUUUUCUUGUUUGUGUGUCGUCCACCUAUCAGCUGAACCAAAUGCCCUCCAAUAAAAGGACUCCGUUUACAGUAUGGAUCUGGGAAGUUGAUCGAAAUCUUCUGAAUGUGAAAUGUUUGCACUUUCUGUAGCUUUAACAUUAUUGUUUUUUAUAUUGUUUGCUAACUUUUUUUUAUUUUUUGUAAACUGUGCUGCCAGAGGAAGCUGCCAGGCAUUGUAGAGCAAAGCACAGCAGCCCUCUCUGGCAAUAGGUUACAGAAUUUUCCUUUAACGUUUAAGUUAUAAACAAUUCUAACACAGAUAAUCUUACCAGUAAAUGAUAUAUAUUAAUAUGUAUGUAUAUUUUCUUCUUAGCAUCUGUGAACUUUACUCAUGUUGAAUGUUACAGGAUAUUUUUAUUUUAUUCUCCAAUGAUUAGCGUUGUUGCAUUUUAAACUGGUUUGUUCAGUGUUUGGCUGUUUGGAAUGGAAGUCGGGAACUAGAAUCCAGAGGCAGCUACACAUCUGUACAUGUACAUUCCAAAUAAAAUAUCAUUAUACAUUAA